AUGGCCCAGCAAUUGGAUGCAGCAUUAGAUUUGUUUAGACGUCUUCCAUCUCAAGAUAUAACAAAAAAUAUAGCAGCAGUUCUUGAAAUAGCACCAGAUUUAACAGAAGACCUUUUGGCAUCAGUUGACCAGCCUUUGCAGAUAAAAAAAUGCCCAAAGACAUCAAAACUUUAUUUAGCAUGUGAUUAUAAUAGAGAUGGAGAUUCUUACCGUUCACCUUGGAGCAAUGAAUAUACUCCAGUAUUAGUAGAUGGGAUUAUACCAAAUGAAAAAACACGUAAAUUAGAAAUUGCAUUUAACGAAGCAUUUGAUAUAUACAGAACACUAUAUUAUGAAGGGGGAAUUUCAAGUGUAUAUUUAUGGGAUCUCGAUAAUGGUUUUGCGGGUGUAGUAUUGAUUAAAAAAGAGUCUUCGAAAAAUACUGGUUACUGGGAUUCUAUACAUGUUUUUGAAGUUCCUGAUACUUCUCGAACAGUACGUUACAGACUUACGAGCACUAUUAUACUUCAUAUGAUGACACAAAAUGAUAUAUUGGGUCAAAUGAGUUUAAGUGGUAAUAUUACACGACAGAUUGAACAAGAGCUUCCUGUUGACGAUUCAAGUUCUCAUAUUGCUCAUGUUGGUCGUCUUGUUGAGGAUAUGGAAAUUAAGAUGAGAAAUAUAUUACAGGAAGUUUAUUUUGGUAAAACAAAAGAUAUUUGUAAUGAACUGCGUUCAAUUUCCAAAUUAUCUCAACAGAAAGAAGGCACUCGGCUUCAAAAAGAGGUUGUUGAGAAAUUGUCAAGUAGGAAGUAG